AUUACUGUAGUUUCGCUUUCCGGUCAGCAGGGGGUCCGGCGAACCGAACCGCCAAACCGACGCGUCCAAUAACAGACCGAACACAGCGAAGCACGUCGACUGUUGGACGCCGAACUAACUGAAUGACCUGUAAAUAACCUUCGUUUUGGAAUAUUAUUUUACCUACAAUAUAACAAGAGGAUGAGCUGCUGAUACAGUUUUCUCUGUAAAUACUGGAUCGAUCAGCUUCACCAUGUCAGCUGACGGGGAGGUCAACGCCGACAUGGCCGACGACAACAAACUGGUCCGACCAAAAGUAGAAUUUUGUUCUUUACUGCAACAUGCCGGAGCCACGAAAGAUGUUUUCACCAUGAAGGAGGUGAUGUUCUACCUGGGUCAGUACAUCAUCCAGAAGCAGCUGUACGACCAGAAGCAGCAGCACAUCGUCCACUGUUCCCAGGAUGCACUGGGGCGAGUCCUGGGGGUCGACAGCUUCUCCAUCAAAGAGCCUCGAGUUCUGUUUGCGAUGAUCACCAAGAACCUGGUGACUGUAAGAACCCAAGAGUCAACAACAAACUCCAGUGAAGCUCACAGCAACAGCCAGUCAGACAGAGGAACAGAGGAGGCAGAUGCAGAAAGUCACUCUUCAUCACCAGACAGGAGGAGGAGGAGGAGAAGAAGGAGGAGGAGGAGCUGCAGGAGCAGUGAUCCAGGUCCGUCUCACAGCCUGGAGGACGAAGAAGAUGAGGAGGAGGAGGAAGAGGAGGAGGAAGGAGAAGGCAGGAAGAGGAGGAGGUCCGACAGCUACUCCCUGACGUUUGACGACAGCCUGUCCUGGUGUGUGAUUGGUGGACUGGUAGGAGGGCGGGACAGAGGCAGCAGCCAAUCAUCGGACUCCCACAGCACAUCGGGGAGGUCGGAGGUCACCGUAGCAGCUUCAGACUCCGAUAGCGACAACUUCAGCGUGGAGUUCGAGGUCGAGUCGGUGGAUUCAGACGAUUACAACGAAGACGACGCCUCUCUCUCUGCAGACGAUCAGGUGUACGAGGUCACCAUCUUUGAAGCCGAAGACGACGACUCCUUCGAUGAAGACACAGAAAUCUCUGAAGCUUCGCCGUCUUCCUGCCUGCACCUGCUCUCUGAUAACCAGGACUACUGGCGUUGCAUGAAGUGUGACGAGCUGAACCCUCCUCUACCCAGAAACUGUCAGCGCUGCUGGACUCUGCGUCAGGAUUGGCUGCCUGAGGUGUCAAUCAACCUCGCCUCCUCCAGUCCUAAAGCCCUGCCCACUAAGCCAAGCAACCAAUCAGCUGCCAAAGAGGCUCCAGGAUCUGACGUCGAGGAGAUUGAAGGAGUCGAUGUUCCAGACGGGAAAAGAGCUAAAACUCCUGUCCAGUCCCAGAGUCUGUCAGACUCCACCUCCUCUGCUCCAAACUCCCAGGAUCUCUUCUCAGAACCUUCAUCCUCCUUCUCACAGGAGAAACUCUGGACUCCCGAAUCUCAGCCGUCAUCCUCCAUCGACUCCCAGGAGCUCCUCCCGUCCUCCCCUCCAGCUCCAUCGUCGGUCCCAGAUCUGGAGCGCAGCGUUUCGGCUGAGUGGCGGCUGCCGGACUCAUGUCUGGACCCCUGCCUCAUCUGCCAGUCCCGACCCAAGAACGGCUGCAUCGUCCACGGCCGGACCGGACACCUCAUGUCCUGCUACGUCUGCGCCAGGAAGCUGAAGAAGAGGAACAAACUGUGCCCGGUCUGCAGGCUGCCCAUCCAGUUCGUGGUCCUCACCUACCUCAGCUGAGACCCUCGGUGGUCCUCAACCCCCAGACAGCAGAUAAUGAAGGUCUAGUGAAGACGUGUUCCUGCAGGACUCAGAUUUAGCUCAGCUCUGUAGAUUUUCAUUUACCAAAUACCAGUUUGGUCCGUAGGCUUCGGACACAUGCACAACCCUUUUACAAUCAUUUUUGUUCUAAUUUCUAAAAAUAAAGAUCUAAAAUAUAUAAAACCAGCAGUUGCUUGUUAAAUUGCGCUUGAAACUAAAUAUCAUUAAAUAUUUUUCUGCCUCAGCUGAACUUACUUAAACACUCCUGAGUCAUUAAACUCAGAUGAUCAGAAUGUUUUGGGUUUAGUUUCUUUAAAAAUUAGCAAAUACACCACUCACAAUAAGUUAGAGAUAUUAUUUACACGAGUGCUUUUUCCUAUCUGGUCUGAAUUCUAAUGAAAUAAGUAAUAGUUCCCUUUGAUAUUACUAUUAAUGAAUGAGAAGAAGCACCAUUUCCAUUUAGUGCAAUAUAGAGAUACUGAGAGACCGAUACGAUUAUUAGCAGCUAGAGGAGGCCGAUCACUGAUAUUUGGAGCCGAUAUUCAUUUGCAGUAAAAGCGUAAAAAUUGGCGUAAAAACUUUUGAACAAUGCGAACGCUGAACUUCGUUUAAAUGCCUAAAGCGUGUUUAUUUAAUCAAACAAAUAGAAAAUAAUAGCUCCAGAAGUGCGUGGAUUUCCUCGACUCUGAAGCAUCUCUUAUAAAGUUAAAUAAAAGCUUCAAUAAAUGGCUCCCUGAAUAUUUUCCACGGUAAAUAAAGUAAAAUUUAAAUAUAACUAUAAUGAAUUAUCUUUGAUUUAAGUUCAAACACAGCAAAAAUACAGGGAGUUAAGCUCAGCAGCAACCCUUAUAAAGUGAAAUAAAAACUUACGUAAUAGCUCCCUGAAUUUUUUUCACAGUAAAAGUAAAAUUUCAAUAUAACUGAAAUUGCUUAUCUUUGUUUUGACUUCAAACAAAAACACAAAGUACAGGGAGUUCUCAGACUUAAUAUCUCCAGUAAAGUUAAAUAAAAACUUUCUUCCAGAGGUUUUAUGAAGGAAUAGUAUAUAAAACAAAGUUAAAUAAAAUUUGCACAGAAAUGUGUCAAAUCAAACAGUAGUCCCCAUCGAGCAGCACGAGAUUGUGGUGCAAAAAGCCGAGCUGUUAGCUCCAGUGAGACGGCUUCCCCUGCGUUCAUAAAUUGCAGAGACGGCACUGAAGAUUUGCUCACUUGGAGCUGAUGAGGGUGCUGCACAAAGACUUUUUCUUGCUUGUUCGGCGAGUUGCUUGUUGUGACCUUCAUUCUGCCACUCCGCCUGUCGAUCACACAGAUCAUCCUCAGUGCAGCUGCUCAUCAGUGUGGGCUGCCAGCAGAGAAGUGAACGGCUCAACACGGCUACCAAAGGAUGUGUGUUCUCUCUGUUGCCUUUUGUGGGUGUUUUCCGUCGUCCUCGUGGAUAGUGGUGGAGACAGAAGGCAGAAGAGGGAGAGGCGGCUGCAUCUGAGCUGAAAUAACCCGGUUUUAAAUUGAUUUCUCGACAUCGGCCUGUCGGAUUAAAAAAAAAGCCGAUGCCGAUAUAUGUCAAAUUUCCAAAUAUCGGCGCCAGUAAUCGGUCGAUCUCUAGUGCAGUAUUUAUUACCCCAACAAUUUAGACAAUAACAAAGAUAACCCCAAAUUACCAAAACUGACAAAGUCACAAUUUCCCUGACUUACUGUGAGUCGUGUAAAUGUUCUGAUGUGUGCUCUCUCUUUGAAAAUGUUCCUUUAAAUCACGUUCCAACAUCUGGCAACGCUUUAUUUUACCGACGUUCUUUCAAAGAAGUAAACUUCCGUGUGUAAUUUAUCAGCCGUGUAAUAUACGAGUAUAUUGGAACAUUUCUCUAUUUUCUGUUUUAUUGGUGCCAAAUGCUGUGUUGUUUAUUUUUGCAGGAAAUUUCCGAGAAAGUUACCGCCGUUAAAAUAAAGCGUGAGCCAAAAUCUGUUUUAUUUAUUAUUUAUUUAAGAUGCUCGAGUUUAUUUAAGACACUUUUCUAAGAGCUCUUGAAAUGAAAUAAGAAUAAGAAGUGGACAUUUCUAAUGUUUUCUGUUAAACUGAUUAAAGUUUAUGGUCUCUCAUCUUCAA